AUGUCGUCUCGCGACAGUGUUGCAGUGAAUGCGACGGCUGACCAGACCCGGACGAAGACCAGGGACUCUGAGCGGCAGGAGGUUAUACGAGAUGAACUCUCUCGGAUAUCGUCAGAACUGCCGAGCAGAGGUUCUUCAAACGGCCUGCGCGGCACAGUCCGUGGUCUGAUAGCCGAAGAGCUGAAAAGUGUCCUGUCCAAGAAGUCCCUGACAGUCCAAGAAUCUCCUAGCUCUUUUGUUCGCGAAUGCUUGGAACUGCAGCCUGUUCGAGAUGCACAAGGCACACGACCCACUCUGAGCAGGUCGUCUCUGUCUUUGGAUUCACCACCUUUCGCAGUGAAACAUGGAGAGUUUACUCGAAAAAUUCAAUACAGACGUGGCGUUGGGGGUGUCCUACCGAAGGACCCACCUAGCUGGCCCACGGACACCAGCACUGCUCCUCUCCUUCCUUCGAAAUAUCGAGAGCUGUCCUGGUGGCUUUGGGCAUCAACAAAUCCAGAGUACCAGAUCCAUCCAGAGGUGGUGGAGCUUCGGCAUCAGUACCGUUGGCACAAAGGCGCCGGACCAGACACUCGGAUCUUCAUGAACCCCAAGGAUGAUUUUAUCGAGUACCGUCGUGCCAAGUUCCAACCUGGCAACAAACUUACCAUGCGUACUGGAAGUGGGAGCAUGUCCUCCAAAGCAUGA